AUGUCAAUUCGUUCAAACAUUCGAGAGUUCUUCUCCAUAGACGCUUCCACUGUGAAAUAUAAAAUCUUUUUCGUGCUGCAUUUCUUUGGAUUAGGAUCUAUUCCUCUCUACUUGCCUGUGUUCCUCCGCUCAAUUGGCAUCGAUGCUUUCCAUUCGGGGAUCAUCAUAGCAUUGCGAAAACUCGUGAGGAUUCCUAGCAGUCCUCUUAUAGGUGCUAUUGCCGAUAAGUCCCUACGACACAAGCUGACUCUGAUGGUUUGCGUGGUACUUGGAACUUGUUUGUAUUCAGGCCUUUCGUAUAUUCCCAUCGUGCAAGGAAUGGAGCGAAAUGGGUAUAAUCUUAGCGAAGACGAAGGCAGUCAAGCAAUAGCCACAGAGACCGUUCAUUUAUCUAUUCACGGUCGACUUUCAACGCAAGUUAUUUUCGCCACAGCUUUGUUUUUUGUUGUAAGUGGAGAGUUUUUUAAUGACCCACUAGAAUCGAUACUCGCCGCUUCUAUAGUUAACCAAGUUGGAGUCGAGCGAUACGGUCACCAGAGACUGUACGGUGCAUUUGGGUUCGGGAUCGGGAGUUUGGUGACAGGCUUUGCAAUGGAUCAAACAUCGCAUGUCACGUAUAUCCCAGGGUCUUUGCCACAUCAUGGACCUAAUUUCCUAACAGCCUUUAUAAUCAACUUUGGACUAAGCGUUUUUGCGUUGCUGCUUAUAGGAUUCACGUUUGAGAUAACAAUUAACGAGAAAAAGAUACCGCCCAAUUUCGCAAAGCACAUUGGGCUACUCAUUCGCAAGGAAACAGUUUUAUUCCUGAUCAUCUUAUUCAUCACCGGUGUAGCAAACGGAGUCAUCAUGUCAUUUCUAUUCUGGUUCCUACGAGAUAUCGGCGCAUCGCAAACACUCCUAGGCUUGGUCACAGUGGUCAUGUGCUCGGCAGAAAUGUUAGUGUUUUCAUGCACCGGCACGAUGAUUGGUCGGCUUGGUCACGUGGGUGUUAUAAUUCUAGCUUUAGCGUGCACGAUAAUUCGACUCCUUAUCUACCCCUUCCUUGAAAAUCCCUGGUACGUCUUGCUAGUCGAGCCUAUGAAUGGUAUCACCUUCGCCGCUAUGUGGGCUACCUGUGUUUCCUACGCAAGCAUCCUCGCACCCAACGAGGUCCAGAGCACGAUGCAGGGGGUCGUCAGCAGCGUGUAUUACAAUCUGGGAGGUGGCACGGGCUCGCUACUGGGUGGAAUGGUGUACAAGGCGUAUGGACCGCGGAGCAUGUUUUGGGCUACCGCAGGUCUUUGUGGAGUUGGUAUGCCAUUAGCGAUAGCUUUAUAUUGCAUAAAUAGCGUAAAGGAAAAGAUAUCGAAUGGGUAUGAGCUGGUUAAUGAGGAUGAAAAUCUGGAGUUACCUCUGGCCUUGAAUGAUGCCAAUAUUGCGAGAUAA